AUGCACGUCCACUCGUUCCUGCCCAUCGUGGGCCUCACACUCGUUACCAUUGCUGCUGCACAGGAUAACUCGACCCAGCAAGCGUCGAUUCCUGGUGGUAUGUUUGUCUUGACCGACACGAAUGGCACCACACCCAAUAAGAGAUGGCUUCCACCUGCAUCCUCUGCCAUGCGACGGGCACCGGUCAAACGAGCCAUUGCUGGCAUCUGUGACAAUCUGCCAUCAAAAUGGAGCUACCAAGGAUGCUUUACCGAUUCACCAUCGCUACGAGUGCUCUCUGGCCCAAGCACCUGUUUCGAUGACACCGGCUCGAAUGGUGCCACACAGGAGAAGUGCAUCGAGUUUUGUGACCAAGCUGGCUACUCAGUCGCUGGUGUUGAAUGGGGCAAGGAGUGCUACUGUGGCUACCUCCUCGACUCGUCCGCAGUCAAAUCCCCCGAAACAGACUGCAGCAUGACCUGCACGGGCAACGACGCCGAGAACUGCGGCAACGGCGGCCGCAUCAACGUCUUCACCAACGGCGACAGCGCACCAGCCAUCCUCGCCGCAACAGGCGACUUCACCUCCCAGGGUUGCUACUCCGACUCCGCCUCAGCCCGCACACUCACGACCCGCGUCAGCCUACCAGGCAACGUCAGAGUCAGCGACUGCACGACCGCCUGCGCUGCACAAGGCUUCCCCUACGCCGGCCUCGAGUUCGGCCAAGAGUGCUACUGUGGCGCGUCCAUCCAAAACGGCGGAGCCCCAAUCGCCGACAAGCAAUGCGAUAUGGCUUGUACCGCAGACAAGACCCAAUACUGUGGCGGUCGCGGCGCUAUCAACAUCUACAAGAGCAACCUCCCCGCACGCGGACCCAGCACGGUGCCCGACGGUUGGACAUCAGAGAAAUGCUACACGGACAGCCCCUCCAACCGCGCUCUGUCCUUCAAGGUCCCCAACUUCAGCAAGUUCAGCGUCGCCCAAUGCAUUGCUGAAUGCGACGAGAACGGCUACACCCUUGCUGGAACUGAAUAUGGCACGGAGUGCUAUUGCGGUAACAGCAUCCAAAACGGCAAUACCCCAGCCUCUUCGGGCUGCGACAUGGCCUGCGCCGGUAACACAGCCGACACAUGCGGCGGCGCUGGCCACAUCAACAUCUUCCAAAAGAACUGCUCGCCCGUCCCAGGCUGCCACUACGGCUACGGCUACUUGUCGACAACCCACGUCGGAGGGCUUGCCAACUGUGCCGAUGCGUGCCAGGCAAAUCCGGACUGCCAGAGCAUCCAAUGGGGCACAGAUCCGUACGAAGGCAGCGGUCAACCUUUCUGCAAUCAGUUCAAGUACGCACUGCCUCUGCCGGUCUUACAAUCCUAUCACGACGCGAGGUGCGACUCAUUCAGCUUCUACGACAAGGCUUGCUCGUUCUAG